AUGUCGAUCGGACUUGGAGGGUUACGUUCAUCAGUUCAAGUUGAUAAUCUCAAGCCCGACGGCUCGCCCGAGAACGUCCGCCGCUCUCUCGACAAGAUCCUCUCCCAGCUCGGGGGCAGGAAAAAGGUUGACAUUUUCGAGUGCGCGAGGCGGGACAAGAACACGCCCCUCGAGGUUACGUUCGGCGUCAUUCAAAAGGAGUACAUUGACACGGGCAAAGUUGGCGGCAUCACACUCUCCGAGGUCUCGGCGGCCACCAUCCACGAGGCCGUCAAGAUAGCCAAGAUCGUUGGCGUCGAGGUCGAGCUCAGCUUAUUCUCCACCGACCCUCUAACCAACGGCGUCGCCGCCGCGUGCGCGCAGUACGGCAUCCCCAUCAUCGCCUACUCGCCCAUCGGCCGCGGCAUGCUCACGGGCGAGGUCAAGUCGCUCGACGACAUUCCCCAGGGCGACAUGAGGCGGCACAUGCCCCGCUUCCAGCCCGACACGUUCGACAUCAACAUGAAGCUCGUCGAGCAGGUCGAAGCCUUGGCUGAGAAGAAGGGCGUCACGCCCGCACAGCUCGCCAUCGGCUGGGUCGUCGCCCUCUCCAAGAGGCCCGACGUGCCCGAGAUCAUUCCCAUCCCGGGUGCCACGACGGCGGCGAGGGUCACGGAGAAUGCAAAGUUGGUUGAACUCACCGAGGAGGAGAUGGCAGAGAUUGACGCGACGCUGGCCAAGUUCGAGGUCGCAGGUGGCCGCUACCCCGACGGUGCCCCCGUCAACACCUAA